UCCCAAGAACAUCUUGAGGGAGAGAAGAGGGGGCUAUAGGACAGCUUUCUUUGUGUCAGCGCUACAGUUCUUUCACAGCUCGGCAGUUGAACUCCAAGUCUUCACUUUGCUCCAAUCUGCUCCUGCACUGAUUGUAGUCCAGCUGAAUUGUUCCUUCAGCAGACAACCCUUUCCCAACUCUCUGAACUACCAAAAUGGAGUCUGCUACAAUGGAGCUGUCCUCCCUGCUCUCCAAUCAGUCAUCAGAGAGCUGUGCGGCGGUGGACACAACAGCUGAGAACAUGUUGUUUGGAUGCUUCUACAUCCUUGUUUUCUUUCUGGCGCUGAACGGUAACAGCCUGGCUCUCUGGAUCUUCUCUCACCAGCGUGGCUCUUCCUCUCCAGCUAACAUUUUCUUGAUCCAUCUGGCUGUGGCAGACUUAUCGUACGUGAUUAUCCUCCCACUGAGGGCCACCUACCACCUCACUGGAGGCCACUGGCCCUUUGGCGAGGUGCCCUGCAGAGUGGCAGGCUUUUUGUUUUAUGUCAACAUGUACGCCAGCCUGUACUUCCUGGCCUGCGUGGCUGGGGAUCGCUACCUGGCUGUUGUUCACGCUGUAAGGUCACUGAAGGUUCGUCGUGCUCGCUACGCUCACAUCAUCAGCUUCUCUCUAUGGGCCCUGGUUACUGUCUCCAUGGCGCCACUGCUAAUCACCCACCAGACUGCAGAGGUGGACGGCAUGACCGUGUGUUUGCAGCUCUACAGAGAGAAGGCCUCGCGCAAUGCACUGAUCUCACUGGCUGUGGCCUUUACCCCACCUUUCCUCGCCACACUGUCUUGUUACCUGCUCAUCAUUCUCAGCCUGCGUCGGGGCUCCAGGUUAGAGCCGACCCUCAAGCUGAGGGCCCUGCGCACCAUCGGUCUGGUCAUGCUCAUCUAUGUAGUCUGUUUUCUGCCUUAUCAUGUGAGCAGAGCCACUUUCAUCCUGGGCUACAGCCAUCCUGACGUCUCCUGCCAGACACGCAGAGGCCUGAGCCUGGCCAACCGCCUCACCUCCUCUCUCACCUGUCUGAAUGGCGCCAUGGAUCCGCUAAUCUACCUUUUUGGGGCAGAGAAGUUCCGUGGCACUCUAAUGACAUUGUUUUGCAAAGAUAAGGCUGGGAUGUCAGGAGCCACUAGUGGAGAGUUAAAGGUAACACAUGAGAGCUCUGUGAGUGCCAAGUCGGAGUUUUGAGGAAGAGAAAUGUGUCUGGAGCACUGUUUGGUACAGAUGCAAACAAAAACAAACAAAAAUUGGUCUGACUAUCAACUGACUGUUGACAUAUGAGGAUUGGGACAGCGCUUUGUGAAGUCAUGUUACCUGGACAGGGGCAUCCUGUGUCCAGUAAAGUUUGAGACUCUUAUUCCAUGUGUAAUGAAUUAGAGAGAAUGUUGUUUGCUCUCCUCCAAAAUGGUACUAUUGGACCAAAUUAACAUAUUUGAAAGUCACCGUCAUACCACCAGAAGACAAACAAGUAGUGCCCGUUAGUGACACAUGUUUAUACCAACUCCUUCCAUAUUUUGCUUAUGUUUCGUUUUUGUGGUUCCAAAAUUUCCUAUGAGCAAAGUCUGCAGAAUUGCAAACUCACGGAAAGUGUGCAUACAGAGCUCAGAAAGUCAACCAGAGAACCCUUAAAUACUAGCCCCCGACAUCAAAGUCUGAGACUGGUUCCACUUGCCACUUGCUGCCCUAAAAAGACACAAAACAUUUGUCCUAGACAUGAGACAGAAAUUUGGACAAAACACUAAUUGAAUAUUAUAUUAUUAUAUUAGAUUAUAACUGCCUCUGCUAUGUCAUAUAAUGUAUAGUAUUAGCAACAUCUUUCUGGUAUCCAGUGCAUGGUGGGAGAGGCUCUAGCCACCUGUGACCCCAACAAGAAUUAAGUUGGUCAAAUUGUUUCCACAAGCUUCCUGCUGUUGUUGGAAAAUUAUUUUUGUGCCAAACACCAAAUGAUUAAAUAUGUAGAUAGUCAACUUUUUAUGUAUUUCCUGUUAAUGUUUUGUAUGCCAAAUGUGAUAAAUACUUAUUAGUUAGCUUAUGUACAUUUUUUAAUUUAAGCUGUUUUUAGCUAUGCUAGCAGGGUGGCAUUAAUUGCCAUGAAAUGACAGAUAUCCACAUGAUCAGAUAAUCUAUAGAGGAUGAACUGUAAUAACUUUGGUGAUCUCUCAUUUUGUGUAGCAUCACCAGUAGGUCAGAGUUUGUUUGGUGGUCGUUGGUUUACCACUUUGGUACAGACAGAAAUAUCUCUUGGUACCAACAUUCGUGUUCCCCUCAGAAUGAAUUGUAAAUGUUUAACCAAUACCUGCUAAAUUAAUUACAUUCCCAACAGCCUCGGCUGUGCUUUGUUUUUAGCUCUAAUUAGCGAAUGUUAGCAAGCCAUCAACCCAAGCUAAGAUGGUAAGUUUACAAAGAUCAGCAUGUUAGCAUUGUUGUGAGCAUGCUGACGUUAGCAUUUAGCUCAAAGCACCACUGUGCCUAGUUACAGCCUCAGAGAGCUGCUAGCAUGAGUAUAGACUCUUAGUCUUGUUUUUAAUAUAAAAUGUAUUUUUAAACGCACUUACAAAUAUAUUUUCCAUGGCCUUUAGAAAUUACUUGAAGACACCAGUUCAUUGUUUACUUUGCUUGUGCUAGACAAAUCUUCAUUGUAUUCAUUUAUUAUUAUCCAGAUAUGCAUUUACUGCUUUGUCCACAUUUAUGAUAUUGUACUAUUGCAUGACAAACUAUGAGCCCUACCGUGAGUCAGUUUGACUACUUAUCAUCUGCAAAAAAAGUGAUGUUUUAAACAGAAAGACAUGAUUCACACAGAUUAGUAAGAUGUGAGUUAUAAAUAAUCCUUAUGACUUAAUAAUAAACUUGUAGUAAUUAUUACAAAGUCGUCUACAGAGGAAAUGUUAAGUCUAAAAAAAGCUCUCAUAAAAACUGUAUGGCUGCUACACCAGCUUACUUAGGCUAUAUGUUAACAACUAACUCACAUUUCCUUCUUUAUUUCUUUUUUGUAUCAAUACCACCUGCUUUUCAAUGCUGUUAUAUAAAAAGUGUGUGCUAACUCUG